AUGUCACAGUUUGUACUGCCUGCGGUGGCGUCCGAGGGCAUCAUCAAUUGGCCAUUUCUGACGGGGUUCAUGCUUGGACAGUUUUCCGUCGGUCUGGUACUACUCAUCUUCGUGCGCUUUUUCAUCUUCUCGGACCAGACAGAACCCGACAUCAAUACGCAGAGAAGAACAGCAAAGGUGUUACCUACAGGCAACCCGUCGACAGACGCGAUUCUUGAAAAGACCUACUACAACACAAAAACCCACCAGCCGGAGUCCCUGGACUGGUUCAGCGUACUAGUGGCCCAGGCACUCUACCAGCUGCGAGAUGAGGUGAGAGGCAACGAUGAGGUUCUGGAACGGCUCAACGAGAUUCUCAAGUCCGACAAACUUCCAGGCUUUCUCGACACCAUUAACGUGGUUGAUCUUGACAUUGGCGACGCGUUUCCACAGUUUGGAGCCUGUAAAGUCAACAAGGACGAAUCAGGUGAUCUGGAGGCUGAGAUUAAGGUGUCUUUAGAAGAUACAAUCAAGCUGGGAGUGGAGACAAAGAUGCUGCUCAACUUCCCCAUCCCCAAGUUUGCUUCUGUGCCUGUCUCACUCUCCGUCAGUCUCGUCAAGUUUAGUGGUACACUGACUGUGGCGAUUCGGUCGGCAUUCAACUCCGGAGAAGCCAACCGGGUGUUGGUGUCAUUUGCUCCCGACUACGAGCUGCAAUGGAAGAUUGAGUCGUCGGUGGGAAGCACCCAGAAGCUGCAAAAUGCCGAGAAAAUAUCUCGACUGAUCGAAAGCAGGAUCAGACGUUGGUUCAAAGACAGAUGCGUGUAUCCGGAGUACCAGCAGUUUGAGCUGCCCAAACUGUGGAGAAAGACGUCUGCGCCCCCUCCAUCAGCUGGAGCAGGCACAGGCACUUCAACAGGGGUCCCUCCCUCGCCUUUCCCACAACCUGCCAACCCCAGCAGUGUUCCUAAACCACUGGAACUUCCAGGAGGAUUCCCACACAGAAACAUGAGCAUGAGCUCGCAAAGACCAAAUAUCAACAAUCCCAAAUUUAUUCGGUCCAUGUCUGUCAACACUCGACCAACAUACUCCAGCUCGUUUUACGAGAUGCAGGGUACAGCAGGAAGUUCUUCGGGGUCUGCUGUUGCCGAUGAGGCUUAUAGAUCUCUUCAGACUUCUCCCAGGAGGUGA